GACAAUUCUUCCUAUCUCAUUGUUCCGAUCUGGUUGCCACGCGAAACUUCCGAGAUAGCCUGCAGCGUCGUAGAGGCUCCGUCAUUCGUCGCGGCAAUGGGCAAAGGCUCGAAGAACAAGCGCAAGAAUAAGAACAAUAAAACUGUAUUGAACAUCAACGAUCCGCCCACCGCAGACAAUACAGCAAACGAGGCCGGCGUUGAAGCAAUCGUCUCCGGUGAAGAUGGCGCCCAAACGGUUCCAGUAUGCAGAACUUCCAGUGUUCCAGUACCAGACAUUCGAGCGUCAAUAUCAAAGCUUCGAUCCUAGAACCCUGCAAUUUUCAUAUCAUCCCAUCCUUCAUCCAGCUACUGGUCCUCUGACGGCAGAAAAUGUUCAGGACAAGGAAAACCUCGAGACGGAAAAGAGGCCCGAUGCAGAUACCCCUGAGAUAGAUGGUUCUCCCACCGAGCCUUCCAGUUCAGAGGGUGGCUCUUCCCCUGAAUCCAACGACCCCGAUUCCUCCGCGACCGAACCAGAAUCACCUUCAGAGAUAACGACCGCGGAGAGCAAUGAAGAAGGGAGUAAGAAUGAGGAACCAGUGGUGGAAAAUAAUGAGCUCCCACAGGAAACAGGUGCUGAGAUUGUCCCAGAAGACAAUGAGUACGGUAGUCGGGAUGAUGCCUCAGCUCCCUCAGAAAAUGAGAAUGGAGAGCAUGUUAACCCCGCAGAGACAUCCGCAGCUCAUGAAGUGGAGACUUCAGAUCACGAUGGCGGAGAAGCCGGAUCGGAUACACACGGCGAUAAUCCUCCCUGCGAGGGUGAGGAGGACAAUUUUCCUGAUGUUGACCCAUCCGCAGAAGCAGAUAAGGUCGCCGUUGAGAAAGAGGAAAUCGCAAAACAAGAAGCCGAAGAUGCUCGGGAAGAGACAAAUGCGAAUUUUGUGGGGGAUGACGCUGCUUUUGUCGAUGACCUCCCUUCAGAAGACCAGGAACCCGGCCCAGAAACAGAACCCCAAGAGUCGCCGGAAGAUGACGAAGCCAACGAACAAGAGAUCUCCGAAAGCAUAGAACCAGACCAGAAUGGCUCGUCGCCAGAUGCCCCUGCUGAGGACCCCGUCCCCUCGACCGCUGGAGAGGGAGAAGAGAGUCCAGAGACGCAAGCAGAACCAGAGGAACCCACGCACGAACCUGCAGAGUCCGACGAAGUUUCUGCACCACAAGAGGCAGAAACGGAGAACCCUUGGAAUUCCGAAUCCGUUGAUGCAGCUGCCGAAGCCGACUUCCUAGAGCAACGUGCAGUGGAAGACACCGUGGAUAAUACGGCAGAAAGCGAGGGGAAUGAUGAUUCUGCCGGCGAAGGUGCAGCAUCAGAAGAAUCUCCAGCUGAGCCUUCAGAGGACACGGCUUCGGACCAACAACAUGCCGAAGAAACCCCCGAUGCUGUUGAAACUGGUCAAGAGGCAGGUGACUGCGACAAAGACUCCCUAGGCGAACCAAUGCCUGAGGAGGACCUUGCGCCGUCUGAUGAUACUCUUGCAGACGAGGAAGCCGCCGAAGAUAGUGCGGAAGAUGCAGCGAAAGAGACGCCUCCUGAGGAACAACAGAUUGACCAAAACACUGCCGAAGUCGCCGGUAAUGACGAGACAGCUCUUGAUGGAGAUUCAACGGAGGAAUCUCCUUUUGAAGAUGCUUCUGUUGAAGAGCAUCCGGCCGAGGAGCCUGCCGAGGAACUCGCAGCCAAAGAAGUAGCCGCCGACGAGAUUGCUGCUGAUGGAGAUCUUGCGGAUGAGCCUGUUGAACCAGUCGACGAGACUCCUGCCGAAGAACCAGUCGCUGAAGAACCUGCCGCUGAAGAACCUGCCGCUGAAGAACCUGCCGCUGAAGAACCUGCCGCUGAAGAACCUGCCGCUGAAGAACCUGCCGCUGAAGAACCUGCCGCUGAAGAACCUGCCGCUGAAGAACCUGCCGCUGAAGAACCUGCCGCUGAAAAACCUACUUCUGAAGAGCUACCGGUCGAGGAGACACCAGUUGAGGAGGCACCAGUUGAGGAGGCACCAGCUGCCGUAGAACUACCCGCCCAAGAUCACCCUACUGAAGAAGCUCCCGCACAUGAGCCUGCUCCCGAGGAGUCACCAGCGGAACAGCUUACUACUGAGGAGACUCCGGCCGAAGUAUCACCAGCGGAGGACCUCCCUGGGGAGAUUCUGCCAGCUGUCGCUGAGGGCGUUGUCACCGAAUCAUCUGUUGAAGCGCCAGCUGAAACGGAACCAGCAAUCCCUAGUCAGAGAAAUAUUCCAGCUGCUGAAGAUCAUACCGACGCCCCUUCUCCCCAGGAGGGCGAAGCGGAAGAAAUCGCUGACAACCAGGAAGACCGCGCAGCGGAACAGGACAUUGCUGUGGAGGAGUCGCCCGACGAUGGUGCAGCUCCUGGCAUCCCCACAGAAGCGGCAUUGCCCGAACGCUCUCGGCGGCGUAAGAGACAAUCAUCAGGUUGGAAGCGCGACUAUCAUCACUCUAAGAGCUCAUCGGAUGGCCACCGCUCCCAGCUGGAGCGCCAGAAGAGCGAACGGGGCCUUUUCAAGGACCGGUGGGCCAUGGCUUUAGAAGAGGCCAAGAGACAACGUGAGGAGAAGCUCCGAGAAGCCGAACGCCGGAAAAGAGAAGAAAGACUCCGUGCAGAGAAAGAGCAAUGUGCAGCAGAACGCGCGAAACGUGCGGAGAGGGAUGAGGCUGCGAGAUCAAGACGUCGCUCUUCGGAACACUCGUCGAGCCAUGAUCGACGUCGAGGAGAGUCGGCGUCAAAAUCAGCACCGAACGCACUAUCUGCCCGUGGUAUCUUGAAAUAUAUGACCUCCGGAGAGUCGGAUACAAAUGGUCCUCUUUUAAAACUAAACGCCGCCAAGGCAGCACCUCUAGUAACGGAGCCUGCAAGGAGAUCUUCAAGCAGCCAUGCACGCUCUCAUCACAGUCGCUCUCACGAUGAGAGACGGUCGAGUGGACGAUCUGGUGCCUCUGGUACUGAAGACAGCGAAAGUGCUCGACGAGAGCAGCGCAGAGCACGACGGAAAGCAGAAGAGGAAGAACAAAAACGAGUAAGGGAGGCUUAUGGUGCCAACGCAGGAGAGCCCCACCACCGCCGUCACAGACACCAUCGGCCGCAGCCAUCGCCCCGUGAAUCGAGAUUUAAGGAAGCCCUUGGUCUUUUCAAAUCUGCAAUUACAGCUCACUGAUUUACGUUGUUGCUUCGGAUAGCAUUUGUUCUCUGCUUUUUAUUUCUACCCUGUAUUCCCAUAUUAGCGAGCGCUUUCCUCUUUUCCUUUAUCUACUUGGGACAGAACGACUUGAUGGUCG